UAAGCCAGGAGGGACCAAAGCAAAUGGCAUCAAGAAGAAAGAAAAGUCUGGGAGAGUUGAGGAACAUCAGAAGCCACCAAGCCAGGCCAUCAGUCCCUCUGAGCAAGUGGUUCCCAAACUUGGGGGGGGGCAACGCCCUUGGUCCCAUAAACCCAACUUCUGUGCCCCCUGCCCUACCCUAUAAAAAGCAUCGUUCGGAAUAGUGGUUUGCAGGACCCACCAAGGAAAAUAAUAAUGCAAUAAACUCCAAAACAAGAAACAAGGAUUCUGGACCAGAUGUGCCAUCGGCCUGAUCCAGCAGGCUCUUGCAAAUAUUUCUGGAUAAUUUGGGAAAUGUGGUUGUGGGCUGUUAAUGUGUCCCCAAGAUUAGGAAUCCCUCGACAGAAAAGGAGGUGUGCUCCUCUCCAGAGCUCGGUCACUCUCCUCUCCCGCUUCCUUUGUCCUUCGAUUGGAGAUGUGCAAAUAUGGAAAGGAGAUCCGGAUCGGCCCCUUGGCCUGCCAGUCACCCGUCCCUGUGUAAAGAAACCAGAGCUGACGCUGUGUCCCAGGCUCCUUGGCUCCUCUGCACACACAGCUGCUGGGAGCCCACUCUGGGCGGCUUCCCUGCCUCCGAGGACCCGCCUGCCACUAUCAGAGCGAGGGGUGAAAAGGAUGGAUUCCGCCCGUCAACAUGCGGGAAUCUUAUGAGGUUCUAAGAAGCAUUCGUGAUUCCUGGGCCGCUAUAAGAAGAGGAUGCUGGACUAGCUGGGCCAUUGGCCUGAUCCAAAAGGGCCUCCUUAUGUUCUUCUGAAGGAAUGCUUCAUCCAAGGAGUGCUCACCUGCGUUUACAACGCCCGGGCAGAAGCCAAACGCCCCUCCUUGUCAACCAGCUCCUUUUCCAUCAGAGCUCAUGACACCUUCAUAGCCCAUCCUCUUAGGCUAUCCGAGCAAGGGGUGCUAACCCUGAUUGGGUGGCAGUGGUCAGCGAUCAUCUUCCUUGCCCUGGAAGCUGGGAGAGUUAAACCCCCGUUACGUAAGCGGGCAUUUGUGUCCCUCGAUCAGGGCAUGGUGCCUGCAACUGCAAACAAAGCAUCAGCUCCAGCAUUUCCCAAACCUUGCCUCAUUGUUGACAGCGGGGAUUUAACUGGCGUGAGAACACACGCAAGGAGGGAGGCUGCCAGGUGCCCUGUGACCCCAACAGGGAGGGUGACCCCGCAGCCAGGCAAACAUGGAACUUGAGACCUGGACAGCCAGCCUGGUACCUCAGAUGACAGGGUUGUCCCUUCUCUCACCUGCCCAAGUGCUGGUUGCUGCAGACCAGGGCAUCACUCUGCACUGCACCCACCCCUUUGGUUGGGAGCAGGCACCAAUCGGGCAGCAGCGGAUUCCUCUGGCCUUUGCUGAGGCCACAAGUCGGUGGAAAGCUAGAAAAGGGCCGAGAGAGCCGGUCGCUCUUGAUGAUUCAAGCAAGUAAGUCAAACAACACCGAGGACUUCAUCACACAGUGUGUAGUUAAACGGUGGAACUCCCUUCCACAGGAGGCAGUGAUGGCCACCAACUUAGAUGGCUUUAAAAGAGGACUGGAGAAAUUCACGGAGGAGGAGAGGGCUGUCAAUGGUAACUGGCCAGGAUGGCUCUGCGCUACCCCCACAGCUGGAGGCACCAAUGCUUCUGAAGACCUGAAACCACAGGAGGAAGGAAUAAUAGAAUCAUAGAAUCAUAGAGUUGGAAGAGACCCCAAGGGCCAUCCAGUCCAACCCCCUGCCGAGCAGGAAACACCAUCAAAGCAUUCUUGACAUAUGCCUGUCAAGCCUCUGCUUAAGGAGUCCUCUUGUGCUCGAAUGCUGGUUUUCCAUGGAGGCAACUGUUCAGCCACUGUGAGAAGAGGAUGCUGUGCCAGGUGUGCCACUGACCAGACCCAGCAGGCUCUUCUUAUCAUCAAACACUGUCUCAUCAUUUACCAUUUAAUUGCCCUGGCCUCUGCCACUCUGCUGCCUUCUCUGCCUCAUGCGCUCCUGGACCUUUGCAGUGCCAGCAGCCAGCCUCUCUUCCUCCGAACCUUUUCCUGUGGCACCACAUUCGAUGUCAGAAGUGCUGAGGACCCGCAAGCUCCACUUGCCCUGGCAGGUCUCCCGAGAAUGGGGAAAUGAGAUUUUUUUUUGGGGGGGGGUCUUUUGCUCAAUGGCACAAGGCCCUUGGCCUUCAGCAUGCUGGUCCAACUUCCACUUCUCCUCUGGGAAGAACAGCGGCUUUCUUGAGCAGCUUCAACACCUGCCUGCUGCAAGGAGACCAGGAGUUGGUGGAGAGAUAGAAGGGUCCCUAGUUGGCUGAGCAGAGGCUCCCAGACUCUUCUCUUAUGGCUCCCUGAGCCUGCUGCUUCCUGGUUCGCACCAGGGCCAGCUGUGUCACUUGAUCCGAUCGGAUUGUGCAAUGGAAGAAGGAGGGAGCUGGGCUCCACUUGUUCUCUGUCCAUCACCCAGGAGCCUCUCUUCGCCCUCCCCACCUCCCUCCCCCUCCUCCAGCCACACCUGAGAGAGCUUAAAGCUUGGCCUGCAGCAGCCAGAGACCCACAGCACCUUCUCUGCUGCGAGCAACAGCACCAUGAAGCCCAGGAAUAGCAGCUGCCUCCUCCACCUCUUCGUCCUCGUCUCCCUGGUGGGGCUUCUCACAGCCUCGAUUCUGCGGAUAGAGGUGCUCCAACAGAACAUUACAGUUGCUGCUGCAGUAAAAGGGGGCACAUGCCCAGAUACAGAGGUGCAGAGUGCCAGCAGUAACUGCACAGAAGAGUGCCAGUCUGAUGCCAGCUGCGAGGGCGUCGAGAAGUGCUGCCGGACGGGCUGCGGGGCCUCUUGCCAUCUCCCAAAUGAUAAGCCAGGCACUUGCCCCAGCCUCUCCAUUGGGAUCUCCAUGCUGGGCGCCUGUCACAAUGCCUGCGAAGUGGAUUCCAACUGCCCGGGGGACAAGAAAUGCUGCCAGAACGGCUGCGGCAAAUUGGCCUGUUCCACUCCUGAAUUCUGAGAUGCAGCCUCCAGGACCUUGUGGAGCAGCUGCAGUGGGGGACCCUCCACAGACCCCGACCUGAAGGCAGUGACACCCACCAUCUCCCUGACGCUCUGUUCUCAGCACCUGGUCGCCUCCCCACCUUCGCCAUGUUUGUUGGACACCCUAACCCACUUUUGCAGUAAAACUCUCACUUUGCACAGCA